AUGCACCGUAUCCAUAGAGUUUGUACACAAGCCCAUGAGCUCUUUCGACAAAUUCAGCUCGCACCCCAGGAAGUGAGGCCUAAUAAGUUUGACGGAUGCUCUUACAGAGAAAAUUUCAUCAAGGGCGUACGCCUUGCCUCUCGCUCGAUUGAUGCAACUAUUCAAGUGAUAGCAUCCUCUGAGCUCAAUCUUGCCCAGCACCAAUGGGCUGUCGAAUUACCUCGCAUGCAUAAGACAAUCUGGGGCAUCAUCAAUACCACCAAUCGACUGCAAACCAAACGGGUAAAAGGCCCACGAAGUCUGCAACUCCGCCAAGCUGCCGAACUCGCCAAACACUCGGUACCGAUGCUCAAGUUAAUCAGGAUGUUCUUUAACAAGAUUUCGACACACGGGAUCAAUCGGGGUCGAUUUCCAACUUACACUAAAAUGAGUUCGGAACAGAUCGACUCUCUCUCCCAUUCGCUCACCGCCAUCUGUGAAGACCUCGGUGUUUUAAAACGACUGUUUCAAAAAAUUGAAGAAACUGGACUCGGCGCUGCGACUGGUCGUGAGGUCAUAGAGAUCGCUAACAAGAUGACAUCUGGUCUGGAAACAACCCUACCCCUUGUACUCUUACACUGUGUUCCGUUGAUCAAAGACACCGAGCAUUUCGAAUCGCGUGAUUAUUACAAAACUUGGUUUGCUACUUGGAACACUGCCUUUGAUUCAGCGACUAACUCUCUCGCCAAAAUCUUGGCUAGACUUCCUUAUAAUAAUUAA